AACCUGGGCGCUAGUUGUGCUUCUGCAACUCUUGGCUCAUUGAAUCGCCCCGCUAACCCUGAUGAAUAGUAUUGUCAUCUACAGCGGAUGUUCACAAGGAUUGUCUUCAGUCAUGGCCUUGGGUUUAAGGUGCUUCCGCUUGGUCCACCCUGCCUUCUGCAGCUCCCUUACAGCCUUGACCAGACCUGUUUCAGAAGUCACGCUGCAGACAGUGAGAGGAAGACAGGAUGACCGUGGGCAAUACAUGGCCUAUGCCACCGUACCAGUCCGUCAUUUUGCUACCAAGAAAGCCAAAGCCAAAGGGAAAGGACAGUCCCAAACUAGAAUGAAUCUUAACGCUGCCUUAGUUGAGGAUAUCAUCAACUUGGAAGAAGUGGAUGAAGAAAUGAAAUCUGUGAUCGAAACACUCAAGGAUAAUUUCAAUAAGACUGUCAAUAUAAGGACCUCACCAGGAUCCCUUGAUAAUAUCACUGUGGUGACUGCUGAUGGGAAGCUUGCUCUCAACCAGAUCGGCCAGAUCUCCAUGAAGUCGCCACAGCUGAUACUGGUGAAUAUGGCCAGCUUCCCGGAGUGUACAGCUGCAGCUAUCAAGGCUAUAAGAGAAAGUGGAAUGAAUCUGAACCCAGAAGUGGAGGGGACGCUAAUUCGGGUACCCAUUCCCAAAGUAACCCGGGAGCACAGAGAAAUGCUGGUGAAGCUGGCUAAACAGAACACGAACAAGGCCAAAGACUCUUUACGGAAGGUUCGUACCAACGCAAUAAACAAAGUGAAGAAAUCAAAGGACAAGGCCUCCGAGGAUACCAUUAGGCUCGUAGAGAAACAGAUCAGCCAAAUGGCCGACGACACAGUUGCAGAGCUAGACAGGCAUCUGGCCGUGAAAACCAAAGAACUCCUUGGAUGAAAGCCCAGCAGGGGCAGCAGUGCUCCAGAGCCCAGUUCCUAGUGGAUCCCACGGGUGGCAAAUCGGCACUUCUCUAGUCCAUCCAUAUGGAAGGCUGUCACCUCACAGCUGUCAGUCCUGGUGGCUGACCGCCCUCCAGUGGGACACUGUUUAUUCUCUUCCUCCUGUCCCCUGACCACCGUACCUGCUCCGGCCCUUCUGGCAUGGGUGGUCCUCAGAGACGCUCUGUUGCUGACAGAAGGCCUACACUUGGACCAUUUGUCUUGACCGUGACGUCACUAAGCUGUCAGGACCAUUGGCAGGCUUGCCACUGUCUGCUGCUCAUCUCGGGAGCCUCCUUUUCAGACAAUUAGUCAGGCCCUGUCCCCACUUUUGAACUCUGCUUAAGCCAGUGUGAGCCUUCACCCGUGUUGGAUACCUUUGCUAGAGGCCCAUUUUCACCAAACGGUAAAACCUAGAUAAAUUGGAAAGAAUAAAAAGCACAAAGGAAACGAU